UAAAAGAAAUAAUAAUAAAAUAAAAUAUAUUUUUAAAAAAUACACCUCAUUUGUGGAUUGAGCACUGGAUCCUCAAACAUGGCCUCCCAGGUCCACUCCCUGAUGUGCAUACUCUCCUGCUCUCUCUCCAUACCCCUCCCCCCAUAUAUAAAUAAAUCAGUCUGGUAGGUACUAUAUUAUGAAUAGCUCUUACAAAGGAACAGUGAACAUACUGCAAGUUGUUUUAUACCUCUGCAAAUGUAAGUUUAGUUCUUUUUAUUUAUUUAUUUUUUGUAUUAUCUUUAUUUAUUUAUUGGAUAGAGACAGCCAGAUGUUGAGAGGAAGGGAAUAAAGAGAGACACCUGCAACCCUAUUUAACCACUCGUGAAGAUUUCCCCUUGCAGGUGGGGACUGGAGGCUUGAGCCUGGGUCCUUGCACCUUGUAAUGUGUGCGCUUAACCAAGUAUGCCAGGACCUGCCCCCUGCUGAGUAGUUCUUCUGGCUGAGAACUAUUUAGACUUUCAUGACGCUAUAAUCUCAGUGUUUGUGUGACCUCGACACCAUAGGUUGAACCUUACCAGGAAAAAGAAUUGCACUGGGAGGUGUUGUCUGGUGGGUCCUGAGGUGAUGAGGGUGGAGUCUUCAGGAAUGGGAUUAGCUUUCUUGUGCACAUCACAGAGAGACAGCUCAACGUCUGGCCACGUGAGGCCACAGCAAGAAGUUUCCUGCUCUGAACCGGGAAGUGGGCCCUCCCCAGAAGGCAGCCCUGCAGAGACCUUGAUCUUGGACUUCUCAGGCCCCACAGCUGUGAGAAGGCCCCAGCCUGGGACCGCUGUCAUUUGAGGACGUGGCCGUGGACUUCAGCAGGGAGGAGUGGCAGUUGCUGACCCCGUCUCAGAAGGCCCUGUACAGGGACACCAUGCUGGAGACCCACAGCAACCUCGUGUCCGUGGGCGGUGGGGCUGCCGAGCCUGGUUCCCUGUUGUGCCUGGAGCAGGGAGAACCACUGUGGACAUUGGAGGGAGCAGCCCAGAGUCAGAGCUGUGCAAGAAAGAAGUCAUAUGGGUGCAGUGAGUGCACAGUGAAUCCUUGUGGACCUGUGAUGACCACGUCUCACAGCACUCAUGCAGAGAUGGAAUCCCAUCAAGGCUCUGACUGUAAAGGGAGUGUUCCCAAUAAGUUGAGGCUCCUGGCUUUUCAGCAGAACCACUCAGAAAAGAGACCAUUUGGAUCCAGUCAGUGUCAAGAGGUCCCCAUGACAAGAUCAGCAAUCAUUUGUCGUCAGCAAAAUUGUCAUACAGAUGGGAAAUUGUACAGGUAUCAUAAACCGUUCAAGACUAGGAAAAGUCUCCCUGCGCAUCAAAGAAUCCACACUGGAGAGAAGCCACACGAAUGCCGAUUUUGUCACAAAGCUUUCUCAAAGAAAUAUUACCUCAUGGUCCAUCAACGAACCCACACAGGAGAGAAACCAUAUAAAUGCUGUCACUGUGAGAAGACCUUCACCACUAAAGGCAAUCUUAUAAAACAUCAGCAAACUCAUACAGGAGAGAAACCACAUGAAUGCCUGUUUUGUCACAAAGCUUUCACAAAAAUAUCUAAUCUGAAGAUUCAUCAACGAACCCACACAGGAGAGAAGCCCUACAAAUGCUCUCACUGUGAGAAAAGCUUCGCUGCUAAGGACUAUCUUAUACUUCACCAGCGAAAUCACACAGGCGAGAAGCCAUAUGAGUGCCUGGUCUGUCACAAGUGUUUCCCAAGAAAGUAUGCACUCAGGAUCCACCAGCGAACUCACACAGGAGAGAAACCAUACGAAUGUCUGGUCUGUCACAGGUUUUUCCCAAGAAAGUGUGCUGCCAUGAUCCAUCAGCUUACUCACACUAGAGAGAAGCCGUACGAAUGCCUGGUCUGUCACAGAGGCUUCACCGUCAAAUCUGAGCUCACGAUUCAUGAGCGAACUCACACAGGAGAGAGGCCAUAUGAAUGCCUGCUUUGUCACAAAACCUUUAUAAGGAAGUCGAUUCUCAGGAGCCAUCAGCGAAUUCACUCACAAGAAAGACCAUAUAAGUGCUCAGACUGUGGUAAAGCCUAUAGCACCAAGUACUGUCUCAAGAGUCAUCAGAAAACUCACACGGAAGAGAAACCGCACGAAUGCCUUGUUUGUCACAAAACCUUCAAGUUGAAGAGACACUUAGUGAGUCACCAGGAAACACACACAGAAGAGAAGCUGCACGAAUGCCUUGUUUGUCAUAAAACUUUCAAAUUGAAGAGACAUCUCCUGAGUCACCAGGAAACUCACAUAGAAGAGAAACCAUACAAAUGCUCUAACUGUGAGAAGUCCUACAUCAAAAAGUCUUAUCUCAUAGCUCAUGAGCGAAUUCACACAGUUGGGAAGUUUUAUAAGUGCUCCCAGUGUGAGAAUUCCUUCACCUCUAAAUCAAGUCUCUUGAUGCAUCAGCGAACUCACACAGGAGAGAAACCCUAUAAAUGCUCCCAGUGUGAGAAAUCCUUCACCUCUAAGCCAAGUCUCAAGAUUCACCAACGAACUCACACAGGAGAGAAACCCUAUCAAUGUUCUCACUGUGGAAAAGGCUUUGCCUCUAAUGGAUACCUCAAACAUCAUCAGAAAACUCACACAAAAGAGAGACCAUAUAAAUGUUCUCAUUGUGAGAAAUCCUUGACCUCAAAAUCAAGUCUUGUGGUUCAUCAGCGAACUCACACAGGAGAGAGGCCAUAUCAGUGUUCUAACUGUGGAAAAGCCUUCCGCACUAAGGCACAUCUCAUGAAACAUCACAGAAGUCACGCAGGAGAUAAACCAGAUGAAUGAGUAGUUUGUUACGAGGCCUUCACACACAUCUCAUCCUGGGAAUUAUCAGUCAGGUAACACAGGAAAUAAAUUAUAUCAGUGUUGUAAUUGUGAGGAAGCCUUUACCACUAAGGCAUACCUCAUAGUUAAGCAGGAAAUUCACACAGCACAGGCCUUGUGGAUGCAAUAAAUGUUAAAACUUCACAACGUGGCCUCUAAGAGCAGUGGAUUUGUAGUGCAGGCACCGAGCCCCAGUGAUAACCCUGGAGACAACAACAACAACAAAAAACUUCACAACGUCAGCAUUCCUUCCUCAGCAGCUGCCUUGUCAUACACAUGGGGAAAUUUGGAGAUGCAGAGAAUAGAGGAAGCUUUUCCUUGGAAGACUAAACUCAUCAGGUCGCUCAUAAAAGAGAGGGUUUUCAAAUGCACUAAAGGUGAUAAAGCCUUCAAGACUGUGCCUGAAGGACUUACACAGGAGAGAAUUCAGAAAGUUUUGUCAGAAAGUCUGAUUACCAGGAACCGUGAGGACUUGAGUUUGAGACUCCAAUUCCCACCUGCAGUGUGUGUGAAAUGAACACACUGAAUGAGGGGGACUCAGCAGUGGCACACCCAGUUUAAUGCAUAUAGUGCUAUGCGCAAGGACCUGUGAGAGGACCCGGGGUUCAAGCCCCUACUCCCCACCUGCAGGAAGAAAGCUUCAUAAGUGGUGAAGCAGGUCUGCAGGUGUCUAUCCUUCUCUCACCCUCUCUAUCUCCUCACUUAAUUUCUCUCUGUCCUAUCUAAUAAAAUGGAAAAGAAUGGCCACCAGGAGGAGUGGACUCAUAGUGCCAGCACCAAGUUCCAGUGAUAACCCUGGAGGAAGAAAAAAGGAAGGAAGGAAGGAAGGAAGGAAAUACUAAAUGACUUUACCCACAAAGAAAAACAAGCAAAAUGCAAUGAGCACUAUGGACAUGGACAGCAGAACUCAGAUUAACAAAAGGAGGGGACUGUCAGGUGGGAUGUGGACCAGUGGACAUUGCUGGGAGGAGGAUGUGGUGACUUAGUAGGGUGGGUGGAGUAACACAUUUCAAAGAGGUGAAGAUGGUACUUCUGAAACAUUGGCUUAUAAACCAGUAGUUACCUGGGGAGGGGGCCCUGUUGUUAAAUUAAAAAACAAACAUAUAUAGAGAGAGACUCUUAUUCUUACUGUCA